AUGGCGGGCUGGUGGCCGGCGUUGUCGCGCGCGGUCCGGCGCCACCCGUGGCCCACCAACGUGCUGCUUUACGGCUCGCUCGUCUCGGCCGGGGACGUGCUGCAGCAACGGCUGCAGGGCCGCGAGGCCAACUGGCGCCAGACGCGGCGCGUGGCCACGUUGGUGGUGACCUUCCACGCCAACUUCGACUACGUGUGGCUGGGCCUGUUGGAGCGCGCGCUCCCGGGCCGAGCGCCGCACGCCGUGCUGGCCAAGUUGCUGUGCGACCAGGUGGUCGGUGCGCCCAUCGCGGUCUCGGCCUUCUAUGUCGGUAUGAGCAUUCUCCAAGGAAACGAUGACAUAUUUUUGGACCUGAAACAGAAAUUCUGGAAUACCUAUCUGAGUUAUCACCUGCCCCUCUGUCUCCCUACCCAGCCCCCAAGCCUCCCCACCAAGCCUCCACUGCGCAUGUGCCGUGCAUCCCUGCCCCUUCUGGGUACCCGUAGGCGCUCCCGGGCGCUGGCGGCGGCGGCAGAGAUGGAGCCGCGUCACGGGCGCCCGGCCCGUUAAAACGCUGCUGGCUGGAGCCACCUCCCUCCCUGCAGCCCGCAGCGGGAAUGGAGUAAAGGGAGACCCGUCGACCUGGCCACGGGGAUCAGCGAUGGAAUUAAAGCAAUCUUUGUCCACCCAUCUGGAAGCCGAGGAGCCUCUGAGGCGCUAUGGGGCGGUGGAGGAGACGGCUUGGAAAACGGAGGGACUGGGGAGAAACUCUGCUGGUUGGAUGAAGUGGAUUCACUUUCCUCAUCUGUAAAAUGGGAUGAUGAGGAUCACACACACGGUGAGGCGGGAACGAGUGGAUCAUGUGAAGCACUUGUUUGCAGUGCCCUGCACAGUCAACAAGCGUUCGAUACACGGGACAACUGGUCUGCAAACCGACUUCGGUGGUUGACGUGUCUUCUGCACCGACUUCUGCUGCGUGCUGGGCACUGGCGACACAAGAUUCAUAGGACUUGGUCCCUGCCCUUGAAUAGAAGAAAUCGAGUGCCAUGAGAGUGACGGCAAACAAUGACAAUACUGGAUUACAGGGAUCAAUACAGCACUUCAGAGACGGAGAAAUGAGUGGAUGGCUCUAGGGGAUCCUGGGGAUACUGAUGCCAGUGGCGCCCCAUUUGGAGCAGCCGCUGUGAAGAUGCUGGCUGCAGUGGGGGAGAAGCAGCCAGGGCUGUGCACUCCACGGAGCUGGUGGGAGCCAGGAACAGGCAGGGCUCCUGCCUGCCCUGUUGUGAGUUGGUGGAGUGGGAGCCCCGUGCUCUUCCGGUACAGCUGCAGCUGCCCAGCCAUGGCUCCAGACCAGGGCAUCCCUAAGCUCUCAGGGGUCGGGGAAGCCCCCGCCACGACAGGCUCAGAAGUUCCUGCUCCAACUGUCUGGCCUCUCCCUGCUCCCAGCACUCACUUCGAUUUCAGAGCAAAGCUGUGGCCAAGCCUGGGGACUGUCUCAACCCAGCCAGGUGUUGCACACGCAGAGCAGUGCUGACAUACCAGCCUCCUGCCAUCUCAGCCCCCUCCAGACUUUGGUCACUGACAGACAUGGGAGGGAGACCAAGGGGGAGCUGAGGGCAGCUUGGCACAGGCCUGCAGGAGCCCCUUAGCAUAAACAGCAUGGGCACCGUGGAUGACAUGUAUUAAACAGAUGGCAGCAGGAGGCAGACAGGCUCCCAGGCAGAAAGGGGUGGGUCUCCAGUGAAGCCCCACCUUCAAGCCAGGGACAGGCUGGCCUGAAACCUGGGGGCUGGGCUGUCAGUUCCAGGUGGAGUCUGCAGCCCAGAGUGAGAACUUAUGGGAUUUUUCUGGGCCCAUCCAUGGGAGGAACACACUUCCUCCCUUCUGAAGCCCGUUAAAAACCCCAGACUCACAGAGAUGUCAGGACAACCUGCCUGCGGAUAGGCGCUACCCACUUCGGGUCUCCUGAGAGCUGUACUACCGCUCAAUAAAGCACCUCUUCACCUUGCUCACCCUCCAGUUGUCCUCGUACCUCAUUCUUCCUGGACGCAGGACAAGAACUCAGGACCCAGCAAAUGGCAGGACUGAAAGAGCUGUAACACAAACAGGGUUGAAACAUGCCCCCAUGCUUGCCAUAUUGCGGGAGACGAGAAGGAGAGAAGAGCUGCAGCCCUUCGGGGAGCCCAGACCUAGGGGCUCCCUCAGCCAGAGCUGCGACACCCUCUUUGGGGCUCUACGGCAUCUCCAACCUCCCGGGCACCACUGCGUUCCCCUCGUCUAGAUGCGGGUGCCCACAGUGGAAGCCACUUGCAGUGCAUCAGACACAGCUGUAGGCUUGCACAGAGCCAGCAUCUGUGCCAGCGCCUGGAGCUGCCCACCCUGCCACAGCAGCCGGUGUGCCUAGCUGUGCACAGUGGCCGGACCCCAUGCCCGCUCACUCACACACCCCUGGCUGCUCCAUGCCUGGCUCACCCUUGGCAGGUGUGGGGUCUAGUCCAGUAGCAUAAGCCAAGUGCAGCCUGCCAGGCUGAGUCAGCAGAACAAGCCCACCCAGCGGACCCGAGCAAAACUCAGGCAAAGGUGCUACCAGCCACAGAGGCUUCUGGCUAGAAAUCUUACAAUAAUAUGAGGAGAGAGGAGUGAGAAUAAGCACUUAUUGAGCACCUCCUAUGUUACACUGUUCUUUUUUUUUUUUCCAGACAGGUUGUCACUUUGUCACCCAAGCCGGAGUGCGGUGGCAGCAUCAUAGCUCACUGCAGUCUCACACUCCUGGGCUCAAGCGAUCACUCCCACCUCAGCCUCCUGAGUGGCUGGAACUACAGGUGCAAACCACUGUGCCUGGCCAAUUUUUAAAAUUUUUGUAGAGAUGUUGUCCAGGCUGGUCUCAAAUUCCUGAGCUCAGGCAAUCCUCCUGCCUUGGCCUCCCAAAGAGCUGGAGCUAUAGGCACAACCCACUAUGCCCGGCCUACCCUGUUCUAAAUAUGUUACAACAUUUAUGUGAAUUAAUCCUUCCAAUUAACCCUAUGAUGUCAUUAUUAUAAAUAUUUCAGAGAUGAGGAAACUGAGGCACAGAGAAGUAAAGAGAUUGCUCAGGGCCUACCAAGUGGCAGAGAUGGGAUUUGAAAGGUGUGCUCUAAACAGAACACAUAUUUCCCAUCUAUAAAAUGAGUGUAUCAGACAAGAUGAACUCCUUGGCCCUUCCUGCCAUCAAGGCUGGUGUUCCGGACAUGUGUGGGUUUUGCCUGACUCGCAUCUGUUCUCCUGCUCCUAGUAACAACACCUCAAUUCUGGGGAGCGGUACUGCUCAACUUCCACUCUCAGUUAAGGAUGGACACGUACUUGGCCUUGGCCAGUCACAGCAUCACAACCAUCAUGCACAGUGAUUGGCUCAGGCAUCUGCAUGUGACAUGCCAAGCAUUGGCAGUCUUCUCAGGGACUUUUGCUAGAACUCUCGGGAAAGAGGCACUCUGUUUCCUCUGGGGUUGCUAAGCAAACAUGGGGCUGUCAGGGGCCACCAUAAGAAAAGAGUCUACCUGGGAAUAAGUUUGGCUCAGAAGAAAGGAGAGGCCAGGAGAUGAUGCAAGAGUGGCCAAGAUGUGACAACAUCCUCAGCACCUAGAUUCUGCUGUGCUUGAAACCAGACCAGUCCUGAGAUUUUCUGUCAUAUGAGCCAAUAAAUGUCUACUUUCUUGCUUAGAAUAACUUGAGUUGGAUUUCUGUAAUUUAAAACCCAAUGAUGUCUAACACAAUUCAGUGAUGAUGACAUGCACUAGGGUUUGUUUUUGUAUGUAUUUUCCCUAGUAAUGGUAAUCUCCCAGAAGGCCUAAAGAAUACGUUUUAAUCUUUGUAGCUUCACUCCACCCCUAGCAGUGUCUAACAGUGCCUAGCACAUAGGAGGGCUUGCGAAAAUAUUUGUGGAAUUGCACUGAUAGGCAUCAUUGAUCACUUUAACCCCAGCUUCUCUGGUUCCAACGCUAGACAUAAGUCCUCUGAAGACCUGAGGGCACUUAGCAUUGAUCUGAUUCCUACAGAACAUGAGGGUCUAAGUAAUCAACAGUCUAAGAAAUCUACAGUUUUUUCAACCAGCCAGGCCUAGUCAUAGGGAAUGGACAUGACAUGAUGGCAAUGCAGUGGUUCUUAAGAGCACCCAGGCUGGAGUGCAGUGGCGCAAUCUUGGCUCACACAACCUCCGUCUCCUGAGCUCAAGUGAUUCUUGUGCCUCAGCCUCCCGAGUAGCUGGGAUUGCAGGUGUGUGCCACCACGCCCAGCUAAUUUUUGUAUUUUUAGUAGAGACGGGGUCUCUCCAUGUUUGCCAGUCUGGUCUCGAACUCCCAACCUCAGGUGAUCCACCCACCUUGGUCUCCCAAAGUGUGCACACAGGCUUUUAAAUCAGACGUAUUGGCCGGAUGUGAUGGCUCACACCUGUAAUUCCAAUAGUUCAGGAGGCCAAGGCAGGAGGAUCACUUGAGCCCAGGAAUUCAAGACAAGUCUGGGCAGUAUAGUGAGACCCUCGUCUCUACUAACAGGCAUGGUGGUAUGUGCAUGUGGUCCCGGCUACUCUGGAGGCUAUGGCAGGAGGAUUACUUGAGCCCGGGAGUUCAAGGCUGCAAUGAGCCUUGAUCAUGCCACUGCAUUCCAGCCCCAAGUGAAAAA